AUGGGGCCCCCGGGCAAUAGGGGAUCAUUGGGCUCCUGUGCCCUUGCCCAAACUCAAAAAAGCCUAUUAAAAAGAUUAGGCAGAGUAUCGUAAAGAUAUGCUCACCUCUGUUAUGCUUCUUCAUUCACUGUUUAGUCACAGGCUGUGAUGGGUUCAGAACAGGGGCGGACUGACAACUCAUGGGGCCCCCGGGCAAUAGGGGAUCAUGGGACCCCUGUGUCCUUGCCCACACUCAAAGCACAUCCAAAAAAGCUGAUAAAAGGUACAAGGGGCAUUUCAUGGGGCUCCCUACUGGCAGUGCCCGAGUGCUCGAAUGGUCAGUCCGCCCCU